AUGUCUCAUUUCUCAUUUAUUGCACUUGUGUUUCUUUUAUGUGUUACUUCUUCAUAUGCCGUCAAAGUUGCAGAUAUUGGAACUAUUUGCAACAAAGCCACAAACCCUUCUUUUUGUAUAAAUCUUCUCAAAUCGAAACCCGAUGGUGCAACUGGAGACCUCGUUAGUCUUACACAACACAUUAUUGAUGUCGUUCGUACCGAUAUAAAAAACACAAUUAACCUAAUCACGAAACUAAAUAGACAAAGUAGUGAUCCCAAGACAAAAACCCAUUACAAAAAUUGUUUGUUGUAUUUUGGAUCAAAUGUAGGAGCACUUAGUGAAGUUUCCGAAAUCCAACAACAUCUUAAGAGCGGAGAUUACAAUAUUGUGAAUAUGCGUGCAGGUAAUAUCAUGUUCUAUGUUGAUCUUUGUAUUUCAGGCGAUGCACCCGGUAUUCCACCAUUUCCAGAUCACUCUAAUCUUCCAAAAGUUGCUGGUGUUGUGAUACAAGUUGCUCAAAUUAUUCUAAUUUUGAGUAACUUUUUGUUGAAUUAG